CGAGAUGGUGAACGCAUUUGUUUGUGUUCAGCGUAUCCUUUCGAUCGGCGGUGACGAUUGUGAUUCCUCUGUCUUUAAUUUACAAAUACAUGAACCCCAAUUUAAUUCUUUGUACUCAUCACCAGUUUCAUCCACCUUUCAGGUUUCGACUUCAAUCCCUUUUAUUUCUCCAAUUACAAAUCUUAAUUACUGCUCUUAAAUUUCAUCAAAGUUCUCAUUGGAUUCCUCCACGGCCGUUACUCUGGCGUGAGGCAUUUUGCUCCUCGCCUUCGGAUCAUCUUUUUCUAUGUAGUGAGCGAGUUCCCAUCAGAAGCAGGAGAUUCCAAGUCUCUGCUGCUAGCUCUGCUAAUGGCGCUCCGCCCAAGAGUUUUUAUUACAAUCUGAUCAUCAUCGGAGCUGGUGUUGGCGGCCACGGAGCUGUUUACACGCCGUUGAAAAGGGACUUAAAACUGCCAUCAUUGAAGGAGAUGCUGUUGGAGCGACUUGCGUUAACAGAGGCUGUGUGUGCCUUCCAAAGCUCACUUGCAUUAAUCUUUGCGGUCCUCACAAAAUGUUUUCGACCGAUUCCUAUCUUAAGAAAGAAGGUGAAUUCAUGGGAUCUUCCUACUGCUUCUUUAUGAAAAGGUAAUCACCAAAAAACCUAUAGGAUAUUCAGUCCGUAUAUAAUCUCCCCUCACUAAUUUAUUUAAGAGUAUUGUCCACUAAAUUCUGUAAUAAUUCAUCCCAGCUGCUGGAUCCAACUAACAUUGCCACCUCUUUGAAUUAGGGAGGAUCUACCACCUUACAGUUUUCAGUAUUUCUCUCUGCGAUCUCUUUGUAAUUUCACAUAAGAUUGCUAGAUAUAGAGUUUCUAGCAAUCAGAUAUAUCUUAAUUUCUCUCCAGUUAGUUGGCAGAGAAGCAAGCCAAAUUAAUAGUCAACUUUUUUAUUAUUUGUGUUGCUCUGACCCAUAUAUUGAAACAUCUAUGUAUGACAUGCACACACUGCCAUCUACCAAUCUAGCAGGAACUGUUUUCAUGUAGUGAAGGUUGUGAAAGUGCAGUUAAGAGAUGUGGUGGUUGCCUUGGGGUGCAGGGAAAUAUGGAGUGCCAUUUCUCUUCAUAAUAUGAUUUGUAGUUCUCGGUUUAUUAACGGUUAUGGGUAUAAUAAGAUAUUGGUUGCAACCAUGGUUGAUAAACAAUCUUUGCAUCACCAUGACCAUAUUAUAGCUAAAAGAAUGUUAACAAAGGUAAAGUUUUUACUACUUAUACUGUUCUCUGUUGGCGUGUUUUGUAUAAUUUAUUUUUCAUUUUUGACAUUUCUUGGAGUAUGUGUUCAAGGAUUUCCCUGAAAGAUGAUGGGAUUUGCAUGGUCACCACGGACUUCACUGUCUGAGCAUGUCUACCAGCUGAAGACGCUUAGCCUUCUUUGGAAAUUGUAUGAAUUGUCAUAGAUGUUUCAACUGCUCACAGGGAAAUCCAUCUGACCGAGUGGUGAGAAAGAACUCAAGAUUUAUAACUUAUGUAGACAUUUUUUAGGGAUUCUUUUUGUUUGCAAAGAAAUACUCGAACGUUAGAUUCAGACCUCUCCUGUUGACGAAUUGAACAUUGAGAGGAAUGUUUAAUUCUAACCUUUUUAUAGCCAAAUACUAAAUAUCCACCAAGUGUUGCUUUUC